AUGCACGAGUGCGGCGACACACUGGACGCGGCGGCGGCGCAGGCGCGGCGCGUGCUGAAGGAGAACCAGUCGCGCGCCGACAAGCUACAGAACGUGCUGUGCAUUCUGCAGGGCAAGCAAGAUGCGGCCAAGCGGCGCCUGGAGGAGGCCGUGGCGCGCCCCGGCGAGGCCGUCCAGGCCUGGAAGGCCGCCUUCCGCCAGGUGAUCGACUCCGAGUUCGUGCACAAGGCGGACCUGCUGCACGGCCAGCUGGCGGUGGUGCGCCGGGCCUCGGUGGGUCUGCACGCGGGACUGGAUCGCGUCGAGGCGCUGCGCUUCAGUCCACGCGUCGGUGAGGCGGCGCCGGCCGUCGCCGACCUGCUGGCGCGCUACGUGGCCGAGAGCCGCGAGGUGCAGCCGGACCUCCUGCUCGACUUCGCCUUCCGCGAGGUGCCGGCCGACCGUGUGCUGGACGCCGAAGGCGCCGAGGUCACCGACGUCAUCUGGGUGGACGGCCGUGACGGCACGUACACGGUGACGUUCCGCGUCACGCGGCCUGGCGCGCACGUGGUCUCCGUCUACCUCUACAACGUGCACGUGACGGGCAGUCCGUACCGCAAGCCGACGCCGCCCCGCGUUGUCACCUUCAUUGCCGGCUUCGCCUCGCCGAAGUCGAACCCGGAGACGGCCACCGUCAACGGCACUCAGAAGCCGCAGCCCGGCGGCCGCCUGGCCGUGCGCUUCGACCACGGCGUGCGCGUGUACUCGGUCAUUAGCGGUGCUAUGCUGCUGCAGGUGGGGGCGGGCUUGCUGCGCCGGCCGUUCGGCCUGGCCGUCACGGAGCACACGGCCAAGCUGUACUUCGUGGCGGCCACCGAGACCCGCGUGGCCGUCACCGACCUUGGCAACAACGUGGUGUACCUGCUGAACUGGGAGGGCCGGCUGGUGGCCUGUGUCGGCGACGGCGGGUCGCCUGGCACGCGGCUCUCCGACCCGGCCGGCGUCGCGCUGGACGCGGCCGGCAGCCUCCUGGUGGCCGAUUCGAAACACCACCGCUUGCUGGUCUUCUCGGCAGAUGGCGCGCCGCGCGGCAGCGUCCGUGUUUCUCACGAGCUGAACCGGCCGUCCGGGAUCUGGCUGGACGGCCGGAAUCUGCUGGUGCUCAACUACUGGGGGAACACGGCGCACCGGUACACCCUCACGUUCGAGGAUCAGGAGUAG